GAUAGGCCUAGGUAUGGCGGAAUCGGGCUUCCGGCCAGCACUGCUGGUCGUUGAUAUGCAAGAGGACUUUUGUCCGCCGAACGGUUCCCUCGCCGUAGCCGACGGCCGUUCCAUCGCGCCACUCAUCAACCGCCUGCUCGCCCUACCAAUCUUUGCCCUCAAGGUGGCCACCAAGGACUGGCACCCGCCCGACCACAUCUCGUUCGCCUCCAACCACGGCGGCCACCCAUACCCGGGUCCGGCCAAGCGGCCCUUCCUUGACACGCACACAAUCACCAACCCGCACAACCCUUCCGAGUCGUACACGACCCGCCUGUGGCCGGUGCACUGCGUGCAGGACACGCCGGGGGCGGAGCUGAUUCCGGAGCUCGACGCGGCCCGGUUCGACCAUGUCGUGCACAAGGGCACCGACCCGCGCGUCGAGAUGUACUCUGCGUUUUACGACCCCCUGCGCGAGCCCCGCGUCAGCGACAGCGGCCUGGCUGCUCUGCUGCGUGACGCCGGUGUGACCCGCGUCUACGUGGUGGGGCUUGCGGGCGACUAUUGCGUCCGGUGCACGGCCGAGGACGCGGUGCGCGAAGGGUUCGAGGCGUACGUCAUCGAGGAAGGGACGAGGUCGGUCGAUCCCGGCUCGUGGGAAGGGUGUAAACGCGAGAUGGAGGCUGCAGGGGUCAAGAUUGUGGGUUUGGAGGACGAGGAAGUGAAGAGGUUGUUUACUGAGUGAAUUAGGUGUAUUGGGGCUCCGGGAUCACAGUCUAGGUUUAAGUGAUACCCUUCGUGUUUUGACCCGGGAUCGCGAUGCGACCGAGCAGCUGGUUGCUGGGAAUGCUCCUAUAUGCGGCCCCAACUACUCUUGUGAGUUCAUUUAUCAGUCGU